GAACGGGUACCAUGAGGAUACUUAUAUUGGUUUGUGUGGUUUGCCUUCUUGGUGUGACCGAUGCAAGAUCCCGCAAAAAGACAACGAAAGACGACAUCACUUAUGAAGGACCCAAAACGAAACACAAGAAAGUACCAACGGCAAUUUUGGCCAUUGAAAUCGUUGAUCCAAAUGAAAAUAAAACGUCCACCAGAAAUUCUAAACGUACCAUCGAAUCAUCACUAGGUUAUGGUUACCAACAACCAAAGUAUGAGGUUUAUAAGUAUUCCCAGCACGAUAUACCACCUUAUCGAGGAAACAAGAAUGUUUUUAGUGGUUCUUCUUCGAAAAAUUCUGAUUUACUAGUACAAAAAUCAAUUGCUUACACUCUUCCAAGUCAAAAGUAUACACAAGUAGAUACCGGCGUAAGUCAACAAUAUCAACCAGGAACGAGGUUGUAUUCAACUCUAGACCAGCAAGGACAAAUCAGUCAGUUAAGCACACACGCCCCUCAGGGAUAUCAAGGAUUACACGUCCCUGUUGUUAUUUUAAGAGUUUACCCUAAUCAAUUAACAGAUUCAGGCUCAAGUCUUCACGCCAACCUACCUAAAUCUCAUCCUUUAGCUUCCAAUAUUAAUUCUUUAGAUAUACAAUCGUUGUUGAAUAACUAUCUGCAAAAUUCCCAACUUCAAAUGUACCACCAACAGGCACAAGUCUACCAACAACCAAUCUACCAAACCCAGGGCUACCCACAACAAAAUUAUCAACAACAAGAGCAAGCGUACGAAUAUGAAACGCCAGCUGGUCAAAGCUAUAACGAAGAACCCGGUCAAAGUUACACCGCCCCUCAAUCCACCCAAAGUUACACCCCAAGUUACAGAGAAAACUCCAAAGGUGAAUUGCUGACGCACGAAAACUAUCCCAGCAACGCCCACACUAAAGUCAUCUUCAAGAACCACAACGGCGAAAUCAGGAACUCCCACCGCGACCACAGCACACCACAGCCUGUACAAACUAAAAACAUCAACGUCCACGUACCAGCCGGAAUACAGGAGGUGAAAGUGGAAGAAUCCGAAGUCCCGUACCAAGCGUCACCAACACAGGAGCAACAACAACCUCAACAGCAAUACUAUUACUACCAGUAUCAACAACCUCAAGGUUACGUACAACAGCAGGAACAGCAACAGCAACAGUACGAAGAACCAACCCAGCAUUACUCGGGUAAACCCAUAGUCGUGGCCGACCCUCAAGUCUACGAACAACCCCAGGAGCCCCCGGUACCGCACGAAGUGUACGGCAACCCGAACGUGCAGUACGUGACAGCUCAGCAAUACUCGGCGGCUUCGAAUUACUACAAUCAGCUACAGUACGACCCCGCUUUGUACCAACAGGCUGAAAACGCUUACGGCACCGAAACUCCGGUUGCUUACGUAACGCCGGUCAGGAACCAGAACAGGAAGUUGAGGAGUAAAAAGAGGAACGCCCCCAAAAGACAGAAAACUGAAGAGAAACAAUAGUUUUAGUCGAUCGUUGUAUAUAAUAGUUUCAAAUUGAUUUGUUGGAGAAGCCAUUUCAAUACAAAGAAUUUUGUGCAAUAUUAGGGUAAGAUUUUGUAAUCUACAUGUACAUUUUAUGUGCAAUAUUCACAAAUUAUAUUUAUUUAUUAUAUGAAAUUCGCUUGUGUAUAUAUGAUGUUGUUGUAACUAUGUAACCUUGACUCAAUGUGUGUAAAGGGUUGUAAGAGAUGUUUUUAAUAUGAAUUGAUUAAAUGGUUUGUUAUU